AUGGGGGAGAAAGUCGGCGUGGUUCCUGUACCAGCCGGGGAGACGCUUAAUUUCGACUAUUCCAAUCCCUGGGAAUACAAGGAAAAUAUCAUCAUUGUGAGCGUUGGGUUGACUCUAAGCACGCUCUUUUUGGCUAUGCGAAUUUAUACUCGAGUGUGCUUGCUAUCAAAAUUUGGAUGGGACGAUGUAUCAAUGAUUUUAGCUUGGGUAGGAAAGAUCAAUAUGACAAUGCGGUCUCAGCGACUUACAAUCCUAAUAGGUAUUCUCUUUGGGGACGCAAGUCACGGGUAUCGAUUUGGCGGAACAGGAAUCCACAUGUGGAACGUGACUCCAGAAAUGUUCGAUGUCUUCCAAAAGGUUAUCCUCGCCGCCGCCGUCAUCUACGUGCCAGCCCUCGCAUUCGCCAAAGUUGCCCUCAUUAUUCUCUACCACCGCAUUGUCAACAGACAAUCCAUAUAUGUGUGGUCCCUUCACAUUAUUGCCGCCGUCAUUUGUGGAUACAGCAUUGCCAUCGUCUUCGCCUUGAUUUUCGCAUGCAAUCCGAUUGAAAGAGGAUGGAACAGUUCCAUUAAAACGGGUUAUUGCGUUAAUCGCAGUGGCUUGUACAUCGCAACUGCGGUGACAAAUAUUAUCACCGACAUCGCCCUCAUGGUGUUGCCUGUUCCUCUCGUGCUAGGCCUACAAAUGCCGCGCAUUCAGAAAUUUGGACUUCUCGUGAUGUUCAUCGUUGGCUGCGCCACGCUCAUCACGAGUAUUCUACGACUCGCAACUUUGAUCGAUUAUCUAAAGACAACUGACUUGACAUACCAGUUAGCUCCAUCCCAGCUUUGGAUCUACGUCGAAGCCAACCUCAUCAUCAUAUGUCCCUGCCUCCCCUUCCUUCGCCAAUUUCUGCGCCGGUACUCACCCGCCUGGAUCGGCGAAAGCGGUCGACGCUACUUCCAUGAAUACAAUUCCAGCACCGGCCUAUCACGCAGCCGUCGCAAGCAGGGGCUCAGCCGUCUUCAAGACGACAUCGCUUUGGCAGAAAAUGUCGAAAGUACGCACAGUCAGUCCCACAUUGUCAAGGAGGUUCAGUGGCAAGUGACUGAGGAACGAAUGGAUGCGGUGUCUUCUCGCAGUAAUGGACUAAUCCAUCGAAUAUGA